AUGGAGGCUCUUACGAAGACUUUUGUCCGUCCGCCGCUAUGCGCCUCGGCGUCGCUUACCGGCCUGCCGUCAGUCGCCGUUAAAUCGUCCGCUCGCGGCGGGUCUUCGUCUUCGUUCCCGUCAGUCUCGAAGGCGGCAACUUCGGCCGCAAACCGCACCGUCAGGACUUUCGCGCUUCCAAACGAUGAUGACGUCAUCGCCUUAAAUUCCGGAAAAAGUCUGGAGGAGCUCGAGGAGACGAUUCGCCGCAUCGCGGAGGAAAACGAGCAGCUCCGAGCUCGAGCCGCGGCCGCCGCGGCCAAUGCGCGCCGCGCUGAGUCCGCUUUUAAAGGAGAUGUCGACGUUUCAAGGCCGCGCAUGGGGGCCGUGCCGCCGCCGCCUCCGCCGGAGUUCGCGGCGGCGCCUGUGGUCGAGUAUCUGGAUACGACUCUAGGGGGGGUGCCUACAGAGGAGGUUGCUUCAGUCGAAGCUAAAUACCUCGUCGAAGAGGCAGGGAGCGUGAGGAGCUGGCAGGAGGCGGUGGAACAAGAGGCCGCCACGUCAGCAGCGGCGGAUGGGAACCUCGAGAUUGCCGCAGCAGGCGGGAUCGAGGAUAUUCAGAAGACGGAGAACCCCAUGAGCAUUGUGUUCGUGGCAUCCGAGGUGGCCCCUUGUUCCAACACAGGUGGGCUGGCGGACGCAGUGGGAUCGCUGCCGGUGGUCCAUUCCCUCCCUCAUAUCACAGCCUGUCUUCCUCCCUCCCACCCCUCAUCCCUCCACCAGCAUUGUGUUCGUGGCGUCAGAGGUGGCCCCCUGCUCCAAAACCGGCGGCCUGGCGGACGCGGUGGGGUCGCUGCCAGUGCUCCAUGUCCCCUCAUAUCCCCGUUUCCCCUGUGUUCCCUCCACCCCUCCCCCCUCUUCCCCCCCUCAACCACCACCAGCAUUGUGUUCGUGGCAUCCGAGGUGGCCCCUUACUCGAAAACCGGAGGCCUGGCGGACGUGGUGGGGUCGCUGCCGGUGGCGCUGGCGGCGAGGGGGCACCGCGUGAUGGUGGUGGCGCCGCGCUACAUGAACGGCGUCACGGACAAGCUCUAUGCUGGCGCGUUUGACAUGCAGGUGGGUAGAGAGGGUGAGCUGGCAGCGAGGGGGCACCGAGUGAUGGUGGUGGCGCCGCGCUACAUGGACGGCGUCACGGACAAGCUCUAUGCUGGCGCGUUUGACAUGCAGUGUCGCAUCAAGUGCUUCUGCUUUGAGGGCGCUCACGAGGUGGCGUUCUUCCACGAAUUCAGAGACGGCGUUGACUUUGUAUUUGUCGACCAUCCAUCGUACCACCGUCCCGGCACGCCCUAUGGGGACCAGAACGGCACAUUUGGAGACAACCAGUUCCGCUUCACGCUGCUGUGCCAUGCGGCCUGCGAGGCUCCGCUACAGCUGGAGCUGGGCGGCUUUACCUAUGGGGAGAAGGUUCUAUUCAUUGCCAACGACUGGCACGCGGGGCUGCUGCCCGUUCUGGUCGCGUCCAACUACCGUCCCCACGGAGUGUACAAGGAUGCUCGCACCAUCCUUGCCAUCCACAACCUCUCCCACCAGGGCGUGGAGCCAGGCUACACGUUUGGCAGUCUCGGCGUGCCGGGCGACUGGUACGGGGCGCUCGAGUGGGUGUUCCCGGAGUGGGCGCGCAAGCACGAGUUGGACAAGGGCGAGGCGGUGAACAUCCUCAAGGGGGCGAUUGUCACUGCCGACAGGAUCGUCACAGUCAGCCCGGUAUGCAAGCACGAGUUGGACAAGGGCGAGGCGGUGAACAUCCUCAAGGGGGCGAUUGUGACCGCUGACAGGAUCGUCACAGUCAGCCCGCACGAGUUGGACAAGGGCGAGGCGGUGAACAUUCUAGAAUGGGCCAUUGCUGUCAGGAUCGUCACAGUCAGCUCGGGGUACGCGUGGGAGAUGGCUACAGUGAAGGGUGGGUGGGUGGGGUCACACGCACACGGCUACGCCUGGGAGAUAGCUACAGUGGAGGGCGGGUGGGGACCACACCUCCUCGCCAAUUCAACCACUCACCUUCGUCCCUCCCCGCUCUUCCCCUCUUCCCUCCCCCUGCACACGCUGCAGGGCUACGCGUGGGAGAUCACGACAGUGGAGGGCGGGUGGGGGCUGGAUGGGCUGCUCCGGGGGCGAAGCUUCGUGCUCAACGGUAGGAAGCUUCAUAUUCGACUCAAAAGUCACCUCAUUACAAUGGCACAUGAAUUGGCAUGGGGCACGUUCUCUCCCCUCAUAGCGGAGAAAACCCCUCCACGUUCUCUCCCCUCCCCAUGCCUCCCUCCUCUGUCUGUAUGCAUGCACACGCCUCCUUCUUCCCCCCUCCCCCCCGUCCCUGCCACUUAUGGUGUGACCAACGGAGUGGAUGUGGUGGACGGGAACCCUGCCUGCCAUGGACAAGCCUGCAGUGUGACCAACGGAGUGGACAUGGUGGACGGGAACCCUGCCUGCCACGGACAAGCCUGCAGUGUGACCAACGGAGUGGACGUGGUGGACGGGAACCCUGCCUGCCACGGACAAGCCUGCAGUGUGACCAACGGAGUGGACGUGGUGGACUGGAACCCUGCCACGGACAAGCACAUUCCCUCGCAGUACACCGCUGCUGACAUGGCUGGCAAGGCAGCGUGCAAGGCAGCACUGCAGCAGGAGCUGGGUCUCCCUGUCCGACCAGACGUGCCUCUGAUCGGCUUCAUCGGGCGUUUGGACUGGCAAAAGGGCCCUGACGUUAUUCAAGCAGGAGUGCCGGAGCUUAUGACUGACGACGUGCAGUUUAUCAUGCUGGGGAGUGGCGAUGCGGAGUACGAGUCAUGGAUGGCGUGGGCGGAGGGCGAGUAUCGGGACAAGUUCCGCGGCUGGGUGGGCUUCUCCGUGCCCGUGGCACACAGGAUGACUGCUGGCUGCGACAUUCUGCUCAUGCCAUCGCGAUUCGAGCCAUGUGGGCUGAACCAGCUGUACGCCAUGCGAUACGGCACCAUCCCCGUCGUGCACGCCACUGGCGGGCUGCGGGACUUCGACCCGCUCGUCCUGUUCUCCUCUGCAACCUUGCCUUCUCCCAUCUCCCGUCAUCUCCCCCCUCCCCCUUCCUACCCCCCAACCCCUUCCCCCCCCACCAACCCCCCCCAACCCCACACCUCUCCCUUUCCGACGCCCCAUCUCCCUCUUUUCUCUCACCCACUCCAGGACACGGUUCAGGACUUCAACCCGUUUGCCAACGAGGGCAAGGACGACGACACGAGGAGGUGUCAAAGACACGGUUCAGGACUUCAACCCGUUUGCCAACGAGGGCAAGGGCGAUGGUACAGGGUGAGCAGAGGGGGGAAGGGGGGAGAUACGGAAAGGGUUUCCGGUGGGGUGGGGGCCGGAUAG